UUGACGUCAUGCAGCUCUGUUGUCUAUGAAGCGCGCAAUGUAAAGGCGCAACCGCGAACAGACCAUAUAUAUAUAUGCUUGUUUUGACGUAUUUGUGUAAACACAGAUAAACAGCCAACGGUCACUAAUCCACAAACAGCAACGAAGAGAUCUGCUCUUAUGUUACCGGUUCGUGUCCGCGCAGGUGUGUCAGAUGAUGGUUCUGGACGGGUUAGGGAUCUGCGGGAAGAGUCUCAGCACGGCUGCGGCUCAGGGGAAUGUGGACUCGGUUCGGCGGAUUCUCCAGGAUCACCGGGUCGAACCGGACACGCUCAAUGAGUUCGGGAAAACCGCACUACAGGUGAUGAUGAUGGGCUGCACCAGUGUGGCAUGUGUGUUACUGGACCAUGGUGCUGACCCAAACGUCCAGGACCGCUGCGGCGUGACUCCGGCGCACGAUGCGGCCCGCACGGGGUUCCUGGACACAGUGCGAGUUCUGGUGGACUACGGCGCCUCAGUCAAUGUUCCCGACCACAGCGGUGCGUUACCCAUCCACAUCGCCAUCCGCGAGAGCAACUGGGACGUGGUGGAGUUUCUGGCCCCGCUGUCGAACCUGGGCCACCAGGACAACACAGGGUCCAAACCGCUGGACGUGGCCCGGGAUGCCUGCGCUCCGGAGAUCGUGGAGCUGUUAGAGCACCUGAUGGCGAGCAGUUCGAAUUGAAGAACUAUACAUUACCAUUUUGUAAUUUAUAGUAAUAUGUUGGAUGUUGAUAUAUAUUUCCAUAGUUGGUAGUUGAACUCGUAAUAUUAGCUGGAAUGUGUAGCGCCAGUUUUGCACAGAGCAAAUCCCUGCACUGAAUUCAAGGAGAGCCACUCUCCUUCAGUCAUGUCUGGGUUUGCCAGGCACACAUGUAAAUAACUUCAUUUUGGUAUUUUGCUAAAUAUUUCUGUGCAGAAACUUGAAUUGUUAAUAUUUUUAUUCCUGUAAAUUCAUUCCCUGCCAUCCGUGCACUGAUGAAUUCACGUUUUGUGUGCAAGUUUGGUUGGAGUGUUAACAUCAUCUGUAAAUAACAUUGUAUGAAAUUAUUUUACUUAUUUAUUGAAGAGUUGUAUAUUAACGUUAUGUUUACUGUGGUAUUUCAAAUGUUAUUUAUUAAGGUGUUUAAUAAACUGAAAACUCA